CGACGCAACUAUUCUUCUCCUUGACUCCAAACAGCGGAGCAGGUUUUCUACGACAGACGUUCUUCUUGGUGGGUCGUUCACCCGUCCGAGACGCCAACACCGGCCCUCCGCGAACCUCCUGUCUCCCUUCAGGGACACGGCGAUCCAUUUCGCUCCGAACCCCCGGUCAACCCCCGGUCAACGAUGCGAUGAGGAGUCUUCCAGACCAUGGAUGACGCGACCUGUUAAGAUCUUUUGAAGUAUUGGUUUGAGCAACUGGGACGGAGAAGGGCAUUUGCAGCCGUCCGCUUCCACGGCUUCGACCACCCGACGCUCCGUCGUCUCGCACAUACAAAGCUUCCCUCGGGGGUGGAUCACGGUCGGAGACCUUAAACCGACCUUGGUAUCUGACAGGGAUUUGAUCGUACCACGCCUCCUACCUCCUCCAUGGCGUCCUCCACGUCUCAUCCUCUGGAACAGCGACCCGUCCCCGCGCCGUCGAAUUUUGUCCUCCUGUCGAGACAGGCCCAAUGGCUCUUCACAGAUGAGGAGCUCACGCGAUCGCCGUCCGUGCUGGACGGGAUGAAGCUGGACGCAGAACACAUGAGCCGCAGCAAGGGUGUCAAUUUCAUCAUGCAGGUAGGCAUCAUGCUGAAGCUACCGCAGCUCACCCUUGCCACCGCCGCCGUGUACCUGCACCGGUUCUUCAUGCGCUUCAGCAUGGUCGAUCUGCCCCAGCGACCAGGCAUGCACCCCUACCCCAUCGCAGCCACGGCCCUGUUCCUAGCCACCAAGGUCGAAGAGAACGUCCGGCGCAUGCGCGAGCUGGUCAUGUCGUGCUGCCGGGUCGCCCAGAAGCAGCCCAACCUGCAGGUGGACGAGCAGUCCAAGGAGUUCUGGAAAUGGCGCGACACCAUCCUCCACCACGAGGAUCUGCUGCUGGAGGCGCUCUGCUUCGACCUGCAGCUCGAACAGCCCUACCGCAUCCUCUACGACCUCAUCUGUUUCUUCAACGUCAGCGAGCACAAGCCGCUGCGCAACGCGUCCUGGGCCUUCGUCAACGACUCCAUGUUCACCCCCCUCUGCCUCCAGUUCACGGCCCGCACCAUCGCCGCCGCCGCGCUGUACGCCGCCGCACGGCACUGCGGCUUGGCCUUCGAGGACGACGCCCUCGGCCGGCCGUGGUGGGAGCAGGUGGACGUCGACCUGGCGCAGGUGCGUCGCGCGUGUACGAGAAUGGCGCAGCUCUACGAGAGCAAUGCCUCGCAAAGACAUAGCCAGUACUACCCGACCACCCCUAUCAUCUCGGACGAGGGCGCUGAGAAGACCAGGAUCCCGCACACGGGCAGCCCCUCCGCUUCUUCUCUUGGUGCGCCGACAGCGACGGCGGACAGCGCCGUCAAUGGACGAAAACGGUCCAGGGAUCCGGAAGAUAGGAGUGCCAGAGAUGCUCCCUCGGAUCAUGCCCCGGGUUCUUUGAACGGGGACCGCUCUCCAAAACGACAGCGGAUGGGCUCGUCUUCCGAGGGCCAUCCUCCUCCUCAUUCCUCUUCUUCUUCCUUCUCCCAUGAUCGACACCCGUCCAUCAACGGCCAUCCUCCUGCUUCCUCUUCUUCCUCACGCCGCAUUCCCCACUCCCACCCCCACCACGAGAGUGACUCCCACCCCACAACAUCCCAAGGCGCAAGACGCCCCUUCGACCCAAUUCAGCGCCAAAUCGACGAGAUCGUCCAACGAAACCUCUCUCACGGGGGUAACCCAGCAUCACCAUCAUCUCGAGACCGAGACCGCGACCGAGACCGAGAUCGAGAUCGGGAUCGAGACAGGGACUACGACCGAGACUCCUCUAGACGCGUCCCAGACCGAUAUCGCGGAAGCGGAAGCGGAAGCGGCCCAGACUGGGACUACGACGACCGAAGCCGCCGACGCCGGUCCUCAACUGGCGGACGAAGAGGGUCGUCUUCAUUCGAUGACCGUGUCUCUGCUACAUCCGGUGGACAUCAUCCACCUCCUCCUCCUCCUCCUCCUCCUCCUCCUCCCCCAUCCGGCCCGCCAACGGAUACCCCUCCUCCGCCGCCGCCACCACCACAUCCACCACAGGAGCCACCUCCGGCACCACCGGAGGGAAACGCAGAUGCAGAUGAAGAAGGUGGGGGAAGUGAGGAGGGGGAGCUCUGAUCGGUUUACACCUUGCAGACAGAUCGACCCAGUCGAUCUUCUUUCCUUUUUGCAGCGGGAUUGAUCGAAAUAGAGCUGUACUGGCGGGAGGAGUAAGAGGAGGAAAGAGGAUGUCGUGGUUGUUUCCUACCUACCUACCUAGUCUUUGCUUUUCUAUACCACGUUUGUGUCGGUUUUAUAGCCUUCUGUAUCUAGAUUAUAUUUAACUUUGAAUCUAAAAUGAG